AUGAAAGAGAGAGACGCUACAGAUGCAGGAGGUGGUGCUUGGACUGAUUUUUAGAGGCGUAAAGGCCUGCCUCAUUUGGAGCGGAUCAGAUCAUUUACAAAAACCCACAUUCACCAAACCCGCUCAGCCAAUAACAAGAGAAACUCAUCGCCGGCCACUGUCAGCAUCCUCAACCGGCUGCAGGACUAACAGGCAGCUGGCUGUUGCAUCCAAACACAUAGCAGGUGAGCUCAGUGUGUGCGCGUCGUGGCAGCAUGCGCGUGGAGUUGUGGAGCGGCGUGCUGGACGUUAGCAACGGAACCUGGGCUCUCUCCGAGCGCUCCGUGCUGCAGCCCGUGUGGGAUUAUAUUCAGCAAAACCACGAGAGCACCGUGCGCUCUCCUCUCUUCCCCGUCAUCCUCUCCGUCUCCUUGUACCUGGUGCUGGUGUUCUUCUACACCAUUCUGGACCUGCUGGCUCCCACCUGGCCCUCAAUCCGCCGCUAUCAGAUCCAUCAGGACCGCACGGUCACCUGGUCCAACAUCGGCACCACGUUGGCUCUCACCACGUACAACCAUCUGCUCUACAUCUUCCCGGCGGCAGUGGCCCAGUGGCUCUGGCGCCCGCCCGUGCCGUUGCCCCGUGAGGCGCCAACCGUCGGCGCCUUCCUGCUGGGCGUCGUGGGGUGCACGGUGGUGUUUGACUUCCAGUACUACUUGUGGCAUCUCUUGCAUCAUCGGGUGGGCUGGCUGUACAGGACCUUCCACGCUGUCCAUCACCAGUACCGCCAACCCUUCAGCUUGGUUACGCAGUACCUGUCGGGAUGGGAGCUGUUCAGCGUGGGAUUCUGGGCUACGGUGGAUCCGUUGCUUCUCCAAUGCCACUGUCUCACCACCUGGGCGUUCAUGCUUUUCAACGUCUACGUGUCCACGGAGGAUCACUGCGGCUACGACUUCCCAUGGGCCAUGCAUCGCCUGAUUCCCUUCGGCCUUUGGGGAGGAACGCUGCGCCAUGACGCUCACCAUCAGCAGCCGGGCACUAACUUUGCCCCUUUUUUUGCCCACUGGGACUGGCUGGGGGGAACGGCUACAAUGCCUUCUCCGACGAAGACAAAAACACGGAGAGAAAGAGACGAAAAGGAAACUUGAGGCUCUAUUUAACUCGCUCUCGUUCCCCUUUCACACCCUCUCUUAAUCAUUUCUUUUGAAUCGCUCUCCUUGGUCCCAUUCGUCCCGCCCUGUCUCGCACAUUCCCCUCAGCUUUUCAGCUAGACGUUUCAUCGUUCCAAAUUUCAGUUUUCAAAACUGCAGAUCAAGUGUCUUACUAACAAACGAGUAGAGGAGAAGCUGAGCUAGACGUCUCCAACAAAAGCGCCUCGGUCCUCUGUUUUGGUUUGUUUGAAUAUAUAAAGCGUCUGUUACUUGCAAAUGUAUAUCUAUUUUUCUAAAACCUCUCUAUACCAUUGGCCAGUUGUUGGAGGUUUUGUGUGAUAUCUCAGGUUUUGGCCUUAUUUGUAGAAAGUUUAUUGCUAUGUCUUUUUUAUCAGAUCCUAUGUAUUUUGUGCAUUCAGAAUUGCUUGCGUUUCUAUAUGCUUGUUAUUGUAUUUUGACACUUUUCACUAAACUUUGAUCAAUAAAUGCUAUGUUGUUU